CGCUGCCCUCCCCAGGACUGCUGUGACUCCUCAGAGUGAGACCGCAGUGGGGCAAGCAUGGCGCCAUGGAGGCUUGUCCGGCAACCUGUGUUGGGUUGGAGCUGCCUGCCUGGCAAGGCUGGCAGUGCUGCUGCUUCCCUGCCAACCCAGCUCCACUGUGCAUUGUGCCGCGUCCCCCCCACCCCAAGGCUGCUCUCUGCCAUUACACUGGGUCUCCCCAGAGCAGCAGUGUGUGCCUGCCCAUGCAUGGAGCUCAGGGGAAGAGAAGCUCCCUCUUGUUUGGCUUUAUUUAACCCUGGCCUGGUUUGAGCGGGACCAGAGCACGCCUGUGGUCCUUGGCACAGCCUGGCCAUCCUGGGAGCCGGGCUGUGUUGCUGUUGGACAGUCGGGCUGGUUGCCACCCCCGAGACAGUGACAGAAGUGGUUACUGUGUGCUGAGCCCCUGCCUCAGGGCAGUGGAGGGGGUCUUGGUGCGGAUGCCCUGGGGCCAAGGGCCUCCCCUCCCAGCCCGCUGCUGCUUCAUUCUGUGUUUUCCUUGCCAGGUCUCGUUAUCCCACACAUCCUGCAAGUCGCAGUCUUGUGGGGGUGGCUCCCACUCCUCUUCCUCCUCCUCCUCCUCUUCUUCCUCCUCGUGCCACGGGAACUCAGGGGACUGGGACCCCAGCUCUUUCUUGUCUGCUCACAAGCUCUCGGGCCUCUGGAACUCGCAGCACACCAAUGGGGCCGCACAGGGCAGCCCUCUCGGGGUCCCCCCUGCUGCACUAGGCGACAAGCACCCCGGCCUCGCUCUCUCUCCGGAGCGCGCCAGCCAGGCGCCUGCCGUGGCGCCGGGGCUCAAGGCCUGUCCCUACAGCCACGCAGCCUCCCCCACCUCCAGCAGCGCUGCCCCAGGCUCACCUCUGCCUACCUCACUCGACUUCUGCAAGACGCUGCCGAAGCAGUUCAAAAGCAUGUGCCGGAGGGCCACCCCGCCAGGUGAGGCCUUCCACUCCUCAGAGCAUCAUCAGCACUCGGACCUCACUGCUCCUCCCAACAGUCCCACUGGCCUCCCCUCACAGCCGCCAGCGCUGAUCCCCUCCAAGCAGACGCCUGCCCAUCCGGGGCCCUUCGGCUCCCCUCCCCACGUCCCACUGGGCACCUCCCCACAGGCUGCACUCUUCCCUGCGCCCAGCGCACAGGCGGCAGCCCCGAAGCUGGCGUCCGAGUCCCCUCCCGCUGGCGCGGUCUCACACAGCCCAGGGUCGUGUAAGAGCCCUCACCUGCCCCCUGCCAACGUGCCGCUGCUGAAGAUGCCGCCUCCACUGUCGGGCUGCACUCAUCCCUGCAAUGGGCACUGCAGUACUUCGCUCAUCCCUCCUCCUGCCUCCCACCAGCUGCCCAGCACGAACAGGGACCCCUCUUGCAAAGGGCACAAGUUCCCAAACGGUACAAGCUGCCACCCGCCUCAGCCGUGCGAGGCAGAUGAGGGGCUCGGGGAGGAUGAGGACAGCAGCUCGGAGCGAAGUUCCUGCACCUCCUCCUCCACCAACCAGAAAGACGGGAAGUUCUGUGACUGCUGCUACUGUGAGUUCUUCGGCCACAACGCGCCUCCAGCUGCUCCCACGAGCCGUAACUAUGCUGAGAUCCGGGAGAAGCUGCGUUCGCGCCUCACCAAGAGGAAAGAGGAGCUGCCCCAGAAGCUGGGGCACAACAGCAGCUCAGGAGAGCCCGCUGUGGACCACCGCAACGUGGAUGAGCUGCUUGACUACAUCAACAGCACAGAGCCCAAGCCCUUGAACAGCGCCAAGGCGGCCAAGCGGGCACGGCACAAGCAGAAGAAGAAGGAGAAGGAGAAAGCCCAGCUGGAGGCAGAGGCGCAGAAGCGGGCAGAGCGCAGCCCCGCAGCCAGCCAGGCCAGAGAGCCAGCCGAGGAGAAGCUGCUGGAGUGGCCGGAGCUGGAGUUGGAGCGGGUGAACAGCUUCCUCAGCAGCCGGCUGCAGGAGAUCAAGAACACCAUCAAGGACUCCAUCCGGGCCAGCUUCAGUGUCUACGACCUCAACCUGGAUGUCAAUGACUUCCCCAAGAAGGCAGCUGUCCUGGAGCAGAAGAACCUGCUCUCCCACCUCAAUGGCUCCUCUGACCUGCAGGACAUAGACCUGGCCCUGGCCCCGCUCAGCCUGGGUCCCGCCAAGUAA